GGUUCCUUCAUGAGAUUGAGAACCAUUUCUAAGAGUUCUUCCCUCCCUUUAGAUACACAUUCUUUCUUCUUCCAAGUACUCUUUCUCUCAUCAGACCAAAACCACCCUUCACUUUGUGAUGUCUCGCAUGAGGCUAGGUAAGAAGCUUCAACCUGCAAAGAAGGCAUGGAAUAGCUUUUCCAACACAGUCCAAUACAAACUCCACAAACUCAACAUCCCCAAGUCCUUCAAAACCACCCUUCAACGCCUCCUCUCAGCUUUUCACUCCUUUGGCCAUCUCAUACACUCUAAACUUCAUCGCUCACUCACCACUACAAGGCCUCGUGCCACAACUUACUACCAUGUUCAACACAAGCACUGUGCAGCCAUACACAUAGAUGACCUCUUUGACAAGGCCAAUUCCGUGUCCAUGCAUGCCACCAACAACAGAAGUGCUCAUGCACAAGGGCAAACAAGCAAAGGCAAAGAGAAAGAGGAGCAUUCCAUCUUAAAGGGUAAUUUGGUUGGUGAAUGUUACAACCAAAGUCACACCCUUUUGAAGAGAAAUUUGACCUAUGAGUGUACCAACCAGAAUCACCACAGUGAAAUUAUUGUCAAGAGAAGUUUAACUGAUAAGCAUCGCAGCCAGAAUCAAAGCGGUGAGAGUAGUGGAUUGAACACUAUAGAGGAUGCAUGGAAGGUUGUGGUUGCUAAGUCUCCACAACUACACGUUGAUCAAAAGGCAGAAGAAUUCAUCAGCAAGUUUCGUGAAGAUAUGAGGCUUCAGAAAGAGAGGUCAAUGCUUGAAUUCCAGGAGAUGCUAGCACGAAGUGCCUAAAGAAAUUUGAUCUCAGCAACUGUUUCAUUUAUCUAAUUUGACAUAUAGAGUAUAAGAUUGAUGUAUACAUACAUGGAGCAUGAUGGUUUGAUACAUAGUUUCUUUUUCAUUUCAUUUUGGAUUCUGUUGAGAAACAAAGUGAACACAUAUAUAAUUGCUUUAUAAGUAGUUGUUUGUGUGAAGAUGUAUAGGAAAGUAGGGUUUGUGAGGGGCUUUUUCCUUUUUCUUGUGUAAACAUAAUUUGCAUUCAUUCUUCUUUUGGUUGAAAAUAAGCAUCUGAUGGAUUGUGCAUUGUUCUGUAAUCUGACAGAUAAUGAAGUGUGUAUACAAUGUAUUUGAGAGUUUUGUUAA